AUGGAAAACAUGAUGAUCACCGACAAACAAAUAAGUGCGUCUUCCGAAUACGCACAUAACCUUGCAGCCAUCUAUGGGAGAGUAAAUUCUAGAAAUUGUUGGGUAGCUAAAAACAGGAACUGGCAUCAAUGGCUUCAAAUUGAUCUAGUCGGGCACAACUACAUAGUAACACGGGUUGCCACUCAAGGAAGACAUUGCAGAUGUACACAAUGGGUAAAGAGUUUCUUUCUCCAGUACAAGGGACGUGAUGACGAAACAUUCCAGGACUACAAAGCACAAGGGGAGACAACUCGUAAGGUAAGGCUAUUCAAACAAAUGAAAAAGAUAAUAACCCAUCAUGUUAAUUACUGGCGUUAUACAAAGACAAUUAUCAGUCAAUCAAAUGAUUUCGCCAUUUCUGAGACUAAAAUCCCCAGUUAAUCAUUUACGGCCAGCCGUCGUUGACCAAAUUUGGAAGAUCCGAGCAAUAUACCAUUGAUUUGAUAGUAUCUUGGCGUGGAAACGGCGUUGAUCGAUCAUAUAUUUACAUGGAAAGGAGAGUGAACUAAAAACAAUGCGGUCCAUGGCUAUCUGCUCUUUGAAGAGCAUAUGCAAGAAAAAAAAAUGUUUACAUCCUGAAACCGAGCCAAGACGCAGGCCAAAGUUUCGACAGUCGCUCGGCGAGGAGGGAAGCUCGACGUUAAGAACUUAGAAAUUCAUUAAUUUUAAAUGAAUAAUAAAACAAUCAUCGAAUUCAGCCUUUCUAUGAUGUGAAAGAUUAUGCUGAUAUCUUCGAUCUGCAUAAUUUUCGCAUCAUAAUCAGUCUUAUAAUGAUAAGCAGAAAAGAACUGUAUUAGGUACUGUCUUAACAUCACAAAAUCUACUCUGAAUUCCUAACUUUUACUUUGUUUCAUCAUAGGAUUUUUUUGGAAACAGCGAUGGCGACAGAGUGAUAUAUCACAAUCUUGCUCCACCAAUCAUCAAGGCCCGCUUCAUCCGCUUCCGACCAACGCAUUGGAAUCAUUUCAUCGCAAUGAGAGUGGAACUCUAUGGCUGCAAAGGUCCCGAUAAUUUUAAAUCGAACGUUGCGAUUCCAGUGACAUACACGCAUAUUUGUUAUCUUUCCAGAAUUGGCUUUUCAAAGAUAAUAAUUAGGCUACUUUUAAGUACAAAAGGCAGCAAAUUACAUUGUACACUAAUUGACAAAUUUUAACUGUCGAAAGAAAAAUAUAUAUUAAGUAAAUAAAUAAAUAUAUAAAUAAAUAAAUAAAUACAUUAUUUAAAACCUAACACAAAUAAUGUAUAUCCUCCAACUAAAUUGCAACAUACAUAUUAUUCAACUCAGGUAUAGGAAGUAGCUAAUAACAGUGUGUGAUUUAGGCCAUUCGUUUGACUUGAAAAUUUGGUAAGAAGGAAAACUAUGCUGAAAUGUGGUGGUGUUGAUGAGAAAAUAAUCUAAAAAACAACGAGGGGAAGCGAAAUAAUUGACUUGUGCAGAAGCAAGAAUGUAAGUGAAAUACCGCAAAUCCCCUAUUAAGCCCCGCUAUCUAAUAGGCCCUCCCUUUUUAGGGGAAGAAAGUUAAUAAGCCCCCCUCCCCUUCCCAUUAUUAUUCUUUACUAAUAAAUGAUAGACUGUACAAAACUGAAAUCCUAUUAGAUUUACCUUUCUCUUCCUUUCAGAUCCUUCUAGACAACAACAGCAAUCUUUAUUUAUAGUGUCUCUCUUGCCUACAAAUAAAUUACGACAAUGAAAAUAUAUAUAUAAAAAAGAGAUCGAAUACUGGUUGCAUGGAAUAACCAUAGGCGCAAGCAGAGCCAGGCAGCUAGUUGACAUAAUGAAGUAUUUUACAGGUCAGCAAGAUAUAAGAACAGCGCACAAUAGCUAUUACGGCUAAUAGUCUAGUAGUCUAGUAAUUAUAGUCUAGUCUAGUGUGUAUGUAUGUACCAUUUAUACCAUUGGAAUUCUUUGUUUCUGGCAGUUGAUAUACCAGAGGUGAGAAUUACAAAUGCUGGACCACAACCUGAUAAAGCGAUGAAAUUCAGACGUGACGAGACAAGGCAAUUUGAGGCGUGGUUUGACCCCGACGACCAAGAAACAAGAAAAGUGACGUUCAGCUGGUCCAUUUUUAACAUUACUUAUCCACCGCUUAAUAUUUCAGCAAAUAAUCAUUCGUUGGCCCCAAACAACCUUGAAUUACACAUAAGAAGACGAAUGCUCACAACUGGGCUAAAACUGGUCAUUUUUGAACUAAUUGUUGAAGGAGGAGAACUGGCAUCAAGAGAUUUUGCCUUUCUGGACGUUCAUGAAUCUGCUCUUGUUGCGUCCAUCACGGGAGGAUCGGAGGUUGCGAGGUCCAUCAAAAAACCAGUUACUGUAGAUGGUAGCCGAUCUUUUGACCCAGAAUAUGAAGUAGAAACACAUGCAAUGACCUUUUCUUGGUUCGUUCUGGAACCCAUAGACAAUGGAUACAUGUCGGGAAGGAUAAAUGGCUCGGACACAAACUCCUCUUUCACGAGGCAACUCGAGACACUUAACACAACAUCAGCAAUGGCUUUGAACGAAACACGAAACAGAUCUUCUCAGACUUUCUUAAAAGCUCUUGAAUACUUUGAAACUCACAUGGGUCACAUGCCCGUGGUGCUUAGAACUGAUGUUUUUAAAGAACACGCAACUUAUGGAAAGAUCAUUUUAAAUAAUGCACAACUGAUCACCAAUACCACAUAUUACAUAAUUCUAACGGUACAGUCAGACCGAAGGAUUGCACACACAGUACAAACCUUGCACCUUCGUGAUGAAGAAAUGGUUGAAAUUGGAAUUAGGUAAGUUCUUAAUUCAGUAAAAUAACAUGAUAUACAGACGGUAGUACAUUCAUUUUUACACCAAAUUAGCAAAUAUUUACUUCAGGCGGAAACUUAAGCCUGGUUUUCACUAGCGCAUAAGCAUAAGCAAAUGAGUAAGCAAGUGAAAACUGGGUCGACAUAAGCAUAAGCACAAGAAAAACGGACGAGUUUGUUCUUCUUGUGCUUGUGCUUAUGCUUAUAUAGUAGCUUUGACUAGUUAAAACGGGGUCGACAUAAGCACAAGCAUUAGCACAAGGCCGUGGGCCAAUCAUAAGUCACCUUGACCCAGACCUCGUGCGAACAUAUCAAAACAUAUCAAACGCAAUAUGGGGGACGCUUCGUCCGCCAUCUUGUUUAUCAUCGGGUUGAGGAGAGCUGGUAUCGAGAAUUGAGUCAAAUACGCCAUUCUGCGCGUGCGUAUGUCCUUAUGCUUAUGCGCUAGUGAAAACCAGGCUUUAGGGCUAGUUAUUUAAACGGAGUUUAGCCAGUGUUUUCAUAUCCCAGUGGGGGGUCCAGGAAUUUUCAUUGGGGUGGGAGGAGGGGACAAACAAUGGUUCAGAAAGGACUGUUGAACUUUCGAACAGAUCAUAGGCGGGUACCCCAAAAAACCAAUAACAUUUUUGAAUAUCCCUUUUCUCUUAACAGCGCUAGUUUCAUGAAUACUUGUGGUGUUGACUAGAAAAGCAUUAAUCUUCUUUAAAUAAUCGAUUACUUGGGUCUAUUUUAACAUCGUAAAACGAAAGGUUUUGCCCAAAUUUGAGUGUUAUACCAGGAAGGAGUCUUUAAAAAAAAAAAACACCCCCAAUGCAUGGAAAGGAAUCACAACCGAGCAAACCGUCCUGACAACCACUUAAAACUCUAACCCUGUCAUUAAAUACAUUGCCCAGUGUAUGCUCCCAUUUUUCAUAUCCCCCAUUCCUCGUUCCUAUUUUAGCAACAUCCCCUUCCUCUAAAUUUGUCUAAAACACUCAAAUUUUUCAUUAUCUUGCAAUAGGUGCGUCCUAAACUGUGCUCCUGUGGUCAGCUCGUCAUCUACUAUUUCUUUGAGAUCCCUUUUUCUCAGUCCUUGUGAUGAAAAUGGUUGUUAUACCUCUUUGAUAUACAACUGGAAAAUGUUCAGAAAAGGAGGAAAUUCCUCACAUUUCGUAUGGACUUAUGAAACAGACUUGGCACGCUAUCUCCUAACCAAAGUGGAUUCUAAGAAUUUGGUUCUGAAACCACAAGAGCUUUCACCCGGUUUUGAGUAUCGUUUAACCGUCGAUGUGCGAUCUCUAUUUGGUGAGCGCGGAUGGGCAGAAUACCAAUUUAAAACAUCUGAAGCCCCUACAGGAGGGUCAUGCAAUGCUACGCAGCUGGAACGCGACGGGCUGCAAAUAGCGCUGAACAUUUCUUGUGAAGGAUGGGCUGACAGUGACCAACCACUGAUGUAUGAAUUCUAUCGUAAAUUAGAUGAUGGAACAUUCGAUAUGCUGUGGUAUGGCUCUUUAUCUCAGUGUAUCGUGCAUCUUACGCCACUGGCGCCUGAAUUUAAGGUGGAUCUUAAGGUUGAUAUAUUAGACGCCCUUGGAGCAGUGACUGAAAAAUUUCUACAGAUUCAAGUAAGAAAGUAAAUAUCUAACCUAAUUUAUUAACAGAAUUAAUGAAAUUCGUUUUGGAGUGUUUAUUCACUAUCAAUUAAGCAAGUUUCAGUGUGAGGGCAUUUCCCCAGGGCUUUUCUCUUUGCCCUCUCCUAUUUUCUAAUGGAAACGCUCUGGGGGCGAGGUUGGGAAAAUAUUACUGAAAUCAAAGAUGUUCUGAAUCAUGAGUGAUUCCUUACAGACUUAAGAAAACAGGAAAUGCGAAAAGUUAAGUGAAGCAAAAUAGCUCAAAUUUUUCCGAUCACGUGAUCAGAGUUUGCGUAUUGCAUCUUGUUCAAUCUCGGAUUCAAAGUAAGGAAUCUAAUACCCACGUUGACCUUCUAUAUAGAUCUCUAAAUGGCCUUAGACUUAUCAAUGGUUGGACUAGAUAGCCUUCUAUUUACAUAAUGUGGUGAUAUCUUAACCGAAAGCAUUUUAGAUUUGUGCACUUGUUUCUACAGAUAUUACAACAAUAACGCCUCCCAUUUAAUAAACGUCCCCACUUAAGCACCUUAAAUUUAACAGGGUGUCUAUUAGUCAUUUACGGUACACGUAAAGUUACCUGAAAUUUGGAACUCAUAUGUAAUCAUGAAGUCUGGAGGCAGUACAGAUACGAAUUUUAAAAGAACACCCUAAAAUAGAAACACAAACGAUGGCUAGAUGAAUGCUACAUGUAAUUAACUUUUUCUUUACAAAAUUUACGCUUUGGUGUUUAGCCUGAGAAAACGGCCAGCAUUUCGCGACGCCAUCAUUGGUUUCUCCGCAAAGUGACGUCUGAUGUAGGUAGUACUUCUGAUUGGUUGAAAAUUUGCUUCAUUCCAUGAGAAGCACUACCCAGAUCUGAGUAAUGACGAGUUAUAAGUACUGGAAUUUCUGCCCUCGUUUGUCAAACGUCAUUUCACGAAGAAACCCGCAGUAGUGGCGCGGCUGCUUUCUCAGGCUACGCAAUGUAGAGUGUUUUCAUAGCUGAUUCCAUCCAACAUUUAAUAAUGCAGUAUCAGAUCGCCCUCAGAUUAAUGUAUCUCGCACUCAAUGCUUGUAAAUAUCAGUCAUUUUUUUAGUACCAUGCUGUGGUCUCAAAAAACGCAGUAGGUUUAACAACAACUUUGCACGCGCAUCACGCUUUUUUGCUCAUUUCGUUGCUGUCACUGCACGACUACGACGUCAAAGUGCCUAAUUUCACGCUUUGUAGAGGGCGAAAACACAAGACAACGCCUUUCUUUUUUUCCCUUGAACUUCGAUGUAGUCUUUAUUUUUUAACCCCCCAAACAUUUGCAACCAUUUGACGAUCUGAACGAGGUGGGAUACGCGCAACAAAGUUGAAGCAGCGCGAAUUCACUUUAAAGUGACGUUUUUAUAGGCGUCGCCGUCGUUUUUGCUUAAGCUGCCUAUUUUUUGAGUGAAUGCGGUUACGUGGAGAGAAAUUAACUAUCACGUUGUAACGAAGUUCUUUUGGUCAGUUAUCUUUUUCUUCUCCAUCCAAAUAUGGUACUUGCGUGAAUGAAUACUCACGAGUAUCGGACAAAGCAAACAUAUGAGAAUAAUACGUUUCAUUCCCUUUAUGAGUUUUACUUCUCUUUUUUAAAAGGUUUUUUCGUCACCUGAACCAAAGAAUGACGAGAUGAUUUAUGAAGCGUUGAAGCAAAUGGCUGACGACAUGGAUCGUUUCUUGAUGCUCGAUCAAUCGAACCUGGUCAUUAGACGAGCAGAAUCUCUUCUCGAUUCGGCUAAAAUGGCCAAAAAUCGGAUCAAUGAAACUUUCCAUGAAUGGGUAACGACUUACUUUAAUUAUUAUCAAGUUCUCUUUUUAACUUAACUGCUUAUACUGCACUUGACUGGAGUGCGAGAGCAGACGCUUCUUUCGGUUCUUGUUUCACUCGCCGAAAAUGGUGUCUGUUCUCAUCGCAGUCUAGCACCAAGGACACUCGGGGUCCUUUCCUUCCGUAUUUACCACAAACAAAUGUCUGCAUAAUAUCAAAACAGAAAUUACGUGCCUUAUUGCCUAUUUGUAGAAUCAAAGAAAAACCCGCGGUUACCUCUGGAUUUUGUUUGUUGUUGCUGACAAAGAAAAAAAAAUUGCAGGUCUUUCUUUACUGUAUUGUGGUGACCAUGACCUCCAUCAUCUACUACUUUAGGUCAUGUUCACACUUAACGCACGAAAACCAUUAUACAGGAUCGCGCUUCUGAUUGUUCACUCAUAACAACUGUGAUUUCGGCGCAAUUUCUGUAACGGCGCGUUGCUGCGCCAAACAAGUGGUUAGUCACAUAUCGGACAGGUCACUAUACCGGAUAGACACGAAAAGCUAUCCAGUAAAAUGUGAACAUAGCCUUUAAGUUUACAUCCUACGUAAUGCCAGCAUUAGCUAGGCUAAAAAUCAUACAAUGUGGUGGUAUGAGUAUUGAUUACUUCCGUUCUCUUUUGCCCAAAUCCGAGCUGUAUUUGGUAAGUUAUUAUCGUGUUCCUUUCCUGAGGUAACAAAUCAUUUGAAGCCACGCAAAGACAGCUUAAGUGUUUAUUUGUCAAAAUUUAAGAGAAACCUUGAGGACACUUUUUUUGUACUUUUUUGUACGUGUCCCAGUGAUGAGAAGGUACUCACGCACACACAGUCACCAGCCUAUCGCCUCACUGCGCUUGAUGUACUUGGAAAGUGACUCAAUAACCACAAUCAAAACUUAAGAAUGAUUUAAGAUGGCAGUUAAUAAUUUAAAAUACUUCUCAAGCAUUAGUUUUCAAGGACUGAAAAACGUCUCAAAACAGUAGCAUUAUUUCCUAUUUAACUCUAGUAGCCAUGUUGAAAGUUCCCAAGAUAUCAAAUUGAAUUAUCAGAGUAAUUCUUUUUUUAUUUCACAUAGAAAUGAUAUAUUUAUCUUUCUAAUUUCGUUGCAGGUCAUUGAGCACGUUAUUUCCAGGGUUACUAAAGUAAACGCGGAGAGCCUUGAACGGCUAUUUCAGGUUGCAAUUAUGUUGGGCAAAGCAACGGAGGACAUCGACAAAUUGACUACUAAGAACAUGGUAACCUAUAAAACGCUCUCUGCUUUAGUCACUGGAAACCGCCUCACAUAAAUCGAGAGAACGUGAUUUAAAUAACCCCCAAGAUCACACUUGCGAAAACAUGAUCCCCAGUAAUUUUGAAAAUAUAGGCUUAUAUAAUAGGCUUUUUCGACUGGCCUUUUUAUCCUUUCUCCCUUAAUUGAGAACAAAAGAUCUUUUUAGAGAGUUCUAUUUCAAAGCAGAGACCUUUAGUUUCGAGGACGAAGACGACUGAGGCGACGUGAUUAAACUUAGAGACAUCCCGGAAAUCUUCAUAGUAAUUGACGCACGACUUCUCCCGAUUGCAAAUGUCAUGUUUUCCUGCCAAAAUGACGCUGUUCACGCGAGCGCACUACUAACUAUUGAAAGAAUCUCGCUUGCGCAGUCGUCCUCGUCGUAGAGUCUAAGGGCACCAACUGAAAUUUUCUAGACGGCUGAACUCAUCUAGUUGGUUAACGCCGUAAACAUCAUGCAAAUCUAAAAAAAAACAGAAAAACAAAAACAAAACGGUGGAAGGCAAGUGCAAGUGCAAGUUUUUGGGAAGUUUCAGAAAAUGGAAGCCGGCCUUGCUGCUAUAACAGGUCAACUUUUAAAACGGUAUUCGACGUUCUGCAAUAA